CUAAAAUAAACGUAUAAAGGUGUUUUGGGUUGAUUGGGCUGUGAAUAACCAAAUCAGCAAAGAAGUCCUCCAGUUUUCGUUAGACAGAGCGAGUGGUGCAAAGUUUUCCAGAUCUCCACUUUCUUCUGAAUCCAAAUUCCCGAUACGAUAGAAUGGCAUCCAACAGGGGUCAAGGUGGAAUUCAACAGUUGCUGGCUGCUGAACAAGAAGCACAACGGAUCGUGAAUGCUGCGAAAAAUGAGAAAUUGGCUAGACUGAAACAGGCCAAAGAGGAGGCUGAAAAGGACAUUGCUGAAUAUAGAGCUCAUUUGGAACACGAGUUCCAAAAGAAGGUGUCAGCGAGCAGUGGAGAUUCUGGUGCUAAUGUCAAGCGACUUGAGCAAGAGACAGAUGCAAAGAUUCAACACCUGAAAACUGAGGCUGGGAGAAUAUCGCAGGAUGUUGUCGCCAUGCUCCUCAAGUAUGUGACAACCGUGAAGAAUUAGAAUCCUUGAUGGGCUCUGGGAAAUAUUUAGUCAUGCUCUGAAUGUUAUCUUAUAUUUAUUUGACGACUCUGGGUUCUAGUGCGGUUCUGAUUGCUUCAUUUAUAAUACUUGAUACCUUGCUGCCAUGUAUUCAAAUUGCUUUCAAGUUUGUUAAAAUAAACAGUUCAGAAUUCAUAGACACUCCUAUGUGUAUCACCGCUUCAUCAGAGGUGAAUGAGGACCACUCUUUCAGUGUAUAUCGAGUAAAGCCGGAAUUACUGGUUUAUUCUUUUAUAAACUCCAUUUUUCCUACCAA